CUUACAUUUAUCACAUUGGCAAAUAUUCCUGUAUGGUUAUCUGUUUAACCACGAGUUCCUUAGGGUUUUUGUUUUUUCCUUGUUUUCUAGGGUCUCCAGCCUCUAGCACAGUGCUUGGCUCAUAAUUGGUGUUCCAUACAUGUUUAUUGAAUGAAUGAAUGAAUGAUGGUGAAGAUGGCAUUCCAACUUAGAAUUCUCUGCUGUCAUUCUUUUUUGUGUUUGUUUUAACAGAAACUAAUAGCCUAGCUCGGUGUCCGCAGCUUGAAGCUGGACUGAGUCCUAGAGAGAGGUUUUUGGGAGCCAUCUGAGCAGUGAAACUUCAAAAAGGACAUACUAGAUUCAGUUAGAAAUGUUAAGAUUGCCCAAAAAAGGAAUACCUAGAUUUGAUCAAGUUCAAGAUGAAGAAACCUACCUGGAAAAUUUAGCAAUACAGAGAAAUGCUUCUGCUUUUUUUGAAAAAUAUGAUCGGAGUGAAGUGCAAGAAUUACUAACUACAGCAGUAGUUAGCUGGUUAUCUUCCAAGGAAGACAUUCGCUCUCAGCCAGACAUUCCAUGUGGACUUAUGAGUCAAAUGAAUAAUGUAGGCUUCUCCACUGCGAUUCUACUGACUCCUGUAGACCCUUCUGCCCUCUUAGAUUACAGAGAAGUCCAUCAGAUCAUCAGGGAAUUGGCUGUCGGAAUUUAUUGCUUAAACCAAAUCCCUUCAAUUAGUUUAGAAGCUAAUUAUGAUCAGAGCUCUUCCUGCCAACUACCUCCAGCUUAUUACGAUACCAGAAUUGGGCAAAUUCUAAUCAACAUUGACUACAUGUUGAAAGCACUAUGGCAUGGAAUAUACAUGCCCAAAGAGAAACGAGCCAGAUUCUCUGAACUCUGGCGCACCAUCAUGGACAUCGAUCCAGAUGGGAAGCCUCAAACAAGUAAAGAUAUUUUUGCAGAGUUUAGUUCAGCAGGUUUAGUUGAUAUUACAAAGGAUCCAGACUUUAGUGGAAUUUAUGAUGAAGACAUGAAUGAAGAUCCAACUUAUGAUCCUAAUAGCCCUGAAGAAAAAGCUGUGUUUAUGAAAUAUGCUGAAAACAUUUUGCUAAAGUUGACGUUCAGUACCACGCAAGUUCAACAGUGUGAAAAUGUCUUCAUAUUUGAAACAGCCUACUGGUUAACUAAUGCUAUAAAGUAUGCUCAGGAUUAUCUUGAUAUUUGUACCUACCAGAGACUGCAGCAAAGAUUGUAUCUUCAAAAGAAGAUUAUUCAAAAACACUUUGAGAAAAAAAAAAUAAUCAGAAGAGGGAUUGGCUAUCUAAAGUUAAUAUGUUUUCUGAUUCCAUUUUUGCUGAGUUUAAAAAGGAAGAUGAAGGUUCCAUUGUUAAAUAGUCUACUUCAGCCCUUUUCAGAUGACAAGGUCAAGACAGAGCGAGAACUCCCUCCAUUUAUUUAUGGACGAGACUUUAAAUGCCAGAAUUUUCACUACAAAGAGAAUCAAUAUUUUCAUGUUCAUGGAGGAAUUGAAUUUGAUAUCAGCACACCUCCAAUUGAGAAUGCUUUGGAAGAUUUUAAGAACAAUAUAGAAAAAAUACGACAUUGUGCUACUAAUACAUUUUCAGACGAUUCAGGAUACAAAGAAUAUUACUCAAUACCAGUCAUGGAAUUUCAUGGAAAAAGCUACUAUGUGAUCUAUUUUGAACUUGAAGCUUUCUAUCAACAACUAUAUAAAACACAAUGGUGGGGAACCAUAAAUGAAAUAGUGAACAAUCUGAGACUGAAAAGACUUCCACUGACAGAAGCUCAAUUACAUGAACAAUUUAAGAAAAAAUUUGGUUUCAAAAAAGCUAUGAAAUGCAAGAGUAUCCCCUUUGGUAUGAAGUCUGCUGUUGAAAGAGGCUUAUCUGCUGUGUUCCAUACGUUUAGCCGUAAAACCUCGAGCUCAACAAUCAAUGUCUCCGAUGAAGCAGGUUAUACUAUUUUCCACCAUGCUGCUCUACACAAUAGAGUUUCUAUUAUAUGUCAACUGUGCAAUGCUAACUUCAAUGUCAACCAGAGGCGCUUCAUUAUGUUCAGCCAAGGUCCAACCCCUCUGCACUUGGCUGCACAGGCUUGCUCAUUAGAAACAACCAUCUGUCUACUCUGUUUCAAAGCUGAUCACACACUUUCUGAAAAAAGAGGCUGGAUGCCAAUUCACUUUGCAGCUUUUUAUGACAAUAUAUGCAUCAUCAUUGCUCUCUGUAGAAAGGAUCCAAGUUUGCUAGAGGCUGAGGCAACAACUGAGAAUCAGUGUACACCACUGUUACUUGCUGCGACUUCAGGAGCACUAGAUACUAUUCAGUACCUGCUUUCUCUUGGUGCUAACUGGAGAAAAACAGAUACCAAAGGAAAUAAUAUAAUUCAUUUAUCAGUGCUAACUUUUCACACAGAGGUACUCAAGCAUAUAAUAGAGUUAAAUAUUCCUGAACUCCCAGUUUGGAAAACUUUGGUAGAAAUGUUGCAGUGUGAAAGCUUUAAACGAAGGAUGAUGGCUGUCAUGUCCCUAGAAGUAAUUUGCUUAGCAAAGGAUCAAUACUGGAAAUGUAUUUUGGAUGCAGGCACAAUUCCUGCCUUAAUCAAUCUAUUAAAAUGUCCAAAAAUAAAAUUGCAGUGCAAAACUGUUGGGUUAUUGAGUAAUAUCUCAACCCAUGUAAGUGUGGUGCAUGCUUUGGUAGAAGCGGGAGGCAUUCCAGCUUUGAUCAACCUUCUGGCUUCUGAGGAACCCGAGCUGCACUCUCGCUGUGCUGUCAUUCUGUAUGAUAUUGCUCAGUGUGAAAACAAGGAUGUCAUUGCCAAAUAUGAUGGAAUUCCAGCUCUAAUAAAUCUCUUAAAGUUAAACAUAGAACAUGUACUUGUAAAUGUAAUGAACUGUAUACGGGUGUUAUGCAUAAGGAAUGAAAAUAAUCAAAAGGCAAUGAAAGACCACAAGGGCAUCCAGUACCUUAUCAGAUUUCUGAGUUCUGAUUCUGAUGUAUUGAAGGCUGUGUCUUCUGCUACAAUUGCUGAGGUUGCACGUGACAAUAAGGAAGUUCAGGAUGCUGUCGCUAUGGAGGGAGCGAUCCCUCCCCUGGUCGCUCUCUUUAAGGGGAGACAACUUAGUGUACAAGUGAAAGGUGCAGCGGCUGUGGAAUCAUUGGCGAGUUACAAUCCUCUUAUACAGAAGGCAUUUCUGGAACGAAGACUAACGAAAUAUCUUCUAAAACUCCUGAAGGCAUUUCAAAUAGAUGUUAAGGAACAAGGAGCCAUAGCACUUUGGGCCUUGGCAGGACAAACACUGAAACAACAAAAGUAUAUGGCAGAGCAGAUCGGAUACAACUUUAUAAUACAUAUGCUUUUGUCACCAUCAGCUAAAAUGCAGUACGUGGGAGGUGAAGCAGUCAUAGCUCUAAGUAAGGACAGCAGGCUGCAUCAAAAUCAGAUCUGUGAAGGGAAUGGAAUUGCUCCUCUCGUUCGCUUGCUGAGAGUUAGUAAGAUUGCUGAAGGCACACUUCUCAGUGUCAUCAGAGCAGUGGGAUCCAUCUGUAUUGGUGUAGCCCAUACCUGCAAUCCCAUUAGUCAACAAUUUGUUGUAGAAGAAAAUGCCUUUCCAGUACUUAUCCAUCUACUAAGAAAUCACCCUUCACCUAACAUUAAGGUUGAAGUGGCAUUUUCCUUGGCAUGCAUUGUCCUAGGGAAUGAAACCUUGCAGAAUGAAUUACAAGAGACUGAAGGAUUUAAAUAUUCUGAUGUCCUUUAUCUCCUUCACUCAACAGAUAAGGAAAUUUGCUUAAGAGCAGGAUAUGCAUUAACUCUUUUUGCCUUCAAUAAUCGCUUUCAACAAUACUUAAUACUAGAAAGUGGAAUGAUGACCAUAUCUAUUUUUGAACCUUUUCUUAAAUCAAUAAUUGAAACUGAGAAGGCAAUGGCAGCAUUUCAGGUUAUUGUAUUAGCUAAAGUCAUUAUAGAUGUGGACCAUAUUACUCUGUCUGCAAGAGGUGUUACUAUUUUAGUUGAUAGUCUGUAUUCAGUUCAGACCUCUACUCUUGCCUUGACAGGUAAUUUAAUAGCUAGCCUGUCUCAUUCUAGAGCUGGUAUUCCAGAAGCAUUUAUCACAUUAGGAACAAUCCAGCGACUCUGCUACCACUUGUACUCAGGAAGAGAAGAGGUUCGAACAGCUUGUUCAUGUGCUCUUGGCUACUUAACUUACAAUGCAAAUGCUUUCCGCAUGCUGUUAAAUGAAUGUAGGAAUAAACCUAAUCAGUUCCUUCGUAUAAUAAAUAAUAUCAACAGAGAUGCAAAGAUUAACCCAGCGUUUUUAAAGGCAUUUCAAAUGCAACAACUCGUGGGGCUUCCUUCUUUAAGUCUAGAGAAGAAUGGAGGACCAUCCAUACAUCCAAUCUUUAAAAAAGGGAAAGAGCACCGAAGAAAAGCAAAACCUAAAAUUCAACCAAGAGAUUCUUUGACUUUACUAUCUCCUGUAACAAACUUUAUGGGACUCUUUAAAACAACAAAAAAGACCAAUGUUUCCCAUAAUAUUUUUUCUUUUUCAUCUGGCGUUUCACCAGAUAUCAUAAAUGUGUCAAGACCAAGAAUAGUGUGUUUGAGCAAUCUUGGGAAACAUGAACUUAAAGCCAAUCCAGAGCCAGCUGAAAGCUAAUAAAAAGGCAUUUUGGAAUGAAAGGA